UUAGUUUUGGUAUUUUUGUGUUUCAAUUGUGAUAAACCUCAUCUGAAAAAAAAAUAGCAUAUGCGGGAACUCAAGAGAGCAGAAUUUUAGAAAAAUCCACCUUUGAAAGGUUUUAAUUGUAAUUGUCAUAAAGUUUUGUUUUUCACCUUAUUUUAGCAAGGAUCUUCGCGGGAAACCACUCACGCAGAUUUUUACUUUUGAAAUUACCGACUGUUAUUGAAUUUACGUUUGCGCUUAAGUUUAGUUUUUAAUUAGACACUAUUGACAGGCGUGUUUGUGUAGGUGUAGCGUCACUUUAUUUGAAGACGUUCUUUAAAUAGCAUCCGAAGCGGUCGAUGUGACAGCAAGGUUUAACAGAAUUCACGGAAAUGAAACUAGGAUGAGCUAACACAGUUGGCCUUUACUUAAGGAUAAGGAGUUUGACUCGAUUGAUGAAGGAGAGGUAGAAUGGAAUAGUUGUUAAUCUCAAUUUGUUCUUCCUACUGUAUCUUAAAGGAUCAAAACUCGAUGCAGCAGCUGGAGAGGUUAGAAUAAAUGGAAUUUUCAUCAUUGCUUUAUAUAAUUUUUAUUUCACUAGUUUGGUUUUCAGAGGUCUGAAGUUCAAACAUGAUGAAUCUUUCUCGAAUGGUGAGGAUUUUCAUCAUGUUUAUUAUGGCCAUGACGAUUUACGUUCUGGCAGACGAUGAAUGCCCGGAUGACAGUAACAUAAUGCUCCGUGACCCCGCAGGAUGCCCAAUUGACUACAUGACAGUGGCAAUGUUUCCUUCUCCACCCUACCUUUUAUUGAAUGAAAACGACGACAAUGGAAAUGCAACAUAUCCUUAUGGCAUUGUUUUCGACUACAUUUUCGACACUUUGUCACGUUGCUGCCCAGAGAAAACGGAACUCGUGCUCAAUAAUGAGGCUUUAGUCGAAUCUGACGUAAUCUUUCCUGUCACUGAAGACGAUGAAACCUUUUUAACCUUCUCGGGAGUUUCUUACACCUUCUACGAUAUCGUCAAGGUAGAUGAUUUUGUUCUGAUUGGCCUCAUCGAUCAGUACAACGCCAAAGCAAGAGGCUUGGUUUUAAGGUCUUUGUAUGACUCUUGGCCAAGUUUUGUGUUAAUCUUUCUUCUCACUGGAAUUGCUGGAAUUUUCAUCUGGGCCCUGGAAUACCACAUGAAAAACGAAGAAUUUUCUUUGUCCUUUACAAGAGGUUCUUAUGAUGGAUUUUGGUGGGCUUUUAUUAGCAUGACAACUGUUGGAUAUGGAGACAAAAGUCCAAGAUCCUUUUUCGGUCGCUUGUUUGGUGUGUUUUGGAUUCUCACAGGCUUGGUCGUCAUCACCAUGUUUACCGCCACAGUGACGUCUGCCCUUCUUUACAGCUCCUCGCCGGAGUUUAUCAAUGGACUGGAAGGGCUUGAGGUGGCAGUGCUUAAUGGCAGCUUUGCUGAGGCCGAGGCAACCUAUCUGGGAGCAGGACCCCGUCCGUACCCUAAAUUUGAAGAAAUGCAUGCUGCUAUGGUGAAUGAAGAGGUAGAAGGCCUAUUCCUGGAGAGACUCCAAGCUUAUUACUUCUACAGCGAUAAUGAUUUCUACGAUGAUGACAAUUUUCGAGUGUUUCAUACAGUUCCCACCAAAAUCUCAUACAAGAUGGCCUUCGAGCAAUAAACAACAUGUCAAUUGCUUGAAAAGAACCACUGCUUCAAACGUCGCUUGGAGAAUCCUUUAAUCAGUUCAUACGUCAGGGGCUAUACCACGCCGUUAAAGGCUUUCAAGCCAUCGGUGGAUACAGUUGGUCUUUUGUCAGGCAAUUCAAAAGGAACAAGUACUUUGUUACUCAGCCUGAUGGGUGUGUUCUUCGGUCUAUGUGUUCUCGGGGUCUCGGUAGAAUUGUUCCUUUGGAAAUCUGCGAAGCGGUACUCUAAGCCAGCUCCCUUUCAUACUAAAAGUGAAAGAAUGCCGUCUGAUGUAAAUUCGUUUCACACAAACAACGUCUUAAGGCAACUUGGAGGCUUCGAGGAGAAUCUGGAAAAGCUUUCCAUCCAAAUACAGAAGAUGAAAGAAAGUCUGACUGGUGAAACAGGGAAGACGACUAAAGAUAACCUCAAACUUACGGAACUCAACUAAUUCCUUUGUACAUGGCUACUUUCGAGACAUGAGACAUACGCGUAUUGAUCAUCCUUUAGUAUGGCCGUGUGACCCAUGCAAAGAUAUAUCAUCCUUGACCUUAAUAUAGGAAGUAUUAUUUCCCAUCCUCAAAUAGGUGGAAAAAAGAAACGCAUGAAAUGCGCAGCAGCAGUUAAUAAAAUUAAAAGUUAAUUUGUUAAAUUUUACUUGGAUGGUAAUUUCAUCUAUUGGCUAAAGCUUAAAGGUCUAUAAACUGCAAUCCCAUUUUACAACGCCGAACUAACACUACCUCCAACUGUUCCAUAAUACGAAAACUAAUUGAACGACUGUGAAUAUUAUGAAAAAUCAUGCAUUUGAACCGCAGAUUAAUAAAUGAAGAUAGGAGUGAUCUUUGCAGUAAUUAACACUACUUGAGCAAUACCGAGAAUAAAACCUGAAAAAAAAAUCAGGCUUUAUCAACAGACCUUUUCAGGCUUUAUUGUCACUAUUGCUUUAGUUUUGUUUAUUACUGCGAAGAUCACUCUCUUCUUGCAAUUGGAAAGUGUACAUAAAUCACGUAAAUUAUGGGUCCCAAUGAAAGACUCUUAUAUACUUCCAAGGUAAGACAAAGUAUAAUUAACAUAAAUAGGUUUGUAUAAAAAAUACCGAUGUCAAGAUGACUACAUGCCUAGCAAAUAAAGAAAGUGAUUCUGGUUUUUUUCAUCAAUAUCACCUAUUGCUAUAAGACAUCUUAUUAUUAUUACAUUUGAAGCUUACUGAUAAAUUUAUGGAAAUGAUAAAAAAUGUAAACAGUGGAUAUAAAAAAUUGAAAAGGUUAAAUUUCGCGAAAAACAAGUUCAUUUCGGGUUGAUGCAGUUCAAAUCAAAAUAAUACAAAAUAAAAAUAGACUGUAAAACA